AUUAUAAAUAAAGCAGGAAGGGGGGAGAGAGAGAAAGAAAAAGACCUCUUCUCCUCCGCUCACGGAGGGAUUUCAAUCCCCCAAAAAGCUCUCUCCUCUUUCAAAAAUCCUCCCCCCCUUCUCUCUCUUAAAACCCUAGAAAUCAACCAAUCGAUCGAUCAAUCUGUCGACCAAUCGAUCAAUUGAUCCCCAAAUCCAUCGGAUCCGUCUUUCAGUGAUGCACAGAUCGGGGGCGGUGAUGGCGUGGAACGUCUUCAAGUUCUGCACCGCGCUUCGGGGGUUGGGAUCCGUCAUGAUCCUGCUCGUCCUCGCCAUCGUCGGAGUUACCUACUACGCCGUCGUUAUCACUAAUUACGGCCCCGCCCUCUCGGCGGCGGGCGGCCUCGAUUCCGUCAUCGCCGUCGUGCUCGUUCUCCUCUUUCACGGGCUGUUGGGACUGCUCCUGUGGAGUUACUUCUCGGUGGUCUUCACCGACCCUGGCACCGUUCCACCAAAUUGGAGGCCUACUACGGUGGACGAGGAGAGUGGAGAGACUAUUGCGUUGACUAGUUCAGAGUUUAAUAACCCCAUCUUAAGCUCACAACAAGUGUCAAGUCUUGCAGACUCAGGAAAUUCGAGGAUUAGAUACUGCAGGAAGUGCAACCAGUUAAAGCCACCUCGCUGCCAUCACUGUUCUGUUUGUGGAAGGUGCGUGCUAAAAAUGGAUCACCAUUGCGUGUGGGUUGUAAACUGUGUUGGAGCUUUAAAUUAUAAGUACUUUCUUCUUUUUCUGUUCUACACAUUUCUAGAGACGACUCUUGUUACAGUAUCAUUGUUAUCCAAUUUUAUUGCAUUCUUCAAUGAUAUGGAGAUUCCUGGAACUCCUGGAACACUUGCAACCACUUUUCUCACCUUUGUGUUGAAUUUGGCAUUUUCACUAAGCGUUCUUGGGUUUAUGAUUAUGCAUAUCUCACUGGUGUUAGGGAAUACAACGACUAUUGAGGCAUAUGAGAAGAAAACCACCCCAAAGUGGCGGUAUGAUCUUGGGCGAAGAAAGAAUUUUGAACAGGUGUUUGGAACCGAUAAAAAAUAUUGGUUCAUCCCCGCAUAUUCAGAAGAAGAUUUGCGAAGGAUGCCUGUUUUACAGGGCCUUGAUUAUCCGUCCAAGCCUGACUUGGAUGCACAGGAGUUCUAAUGGAAAGAGUUAACCCCAUGAGAAAAGCUUGAAUUCGACAGAUCGACACAAUAUCCAGUGGCCUAAACCUCGGAGUGGAUGAGUGUGAGGUACAUGAGACGGGCUUUGUGGAGAUUAUGAGGGAGGAUGCUUCCUAUGGGUCCAUAUGAGGUGCUGGUCAUGUGAUUUGUGUUGAUGUAAAACUUGAAUUGUGUCGUUUGUAUAGAAGUAAUCAUAAAAGUUAAUUACUAGGGGAGAGAUGGUUGUGUAAUGUGAUUUAUGUAUCGGUGUAUUAUGCAAUGUAGCUUUGUUGGUUUUUUUCC